AUGCUUCCGACACUACCGCCACCCUCCUACAAGCUGAGGGUUUCAGACGGAGGAGAUACAGCCAUGUACCACUCCACAGCCAUGCACCACUCCACAGCCAUGCACCACUCCACAGCCAUGCACCACUCCACAGCCAUGCACCACUCCACAGCCAUGUACCACUCCACAGCCAUGCACCACUCCACAGCCAUGCACCACUCCACAGCCAUGUACCACCCACAGCCAUGCACCACCCACAGCCAUGUACCACCCACAGCCAUGUACCACCCACAGCCAUGCACCACCCACAGCCAUCCCGUCACCCCAGCCAUGGCAUGCACUCACCCCGUCACCACAGCCACGGCAUGCACUCAGCCCGUCACCCCAGCCACGGCAUGCACUCAGCCCGUCACCACAGCCAUGGCAUGCACUCAGCUCGUCACCCCAGCCAUGGCAUGCACUCAGCCCGUCACCCCAGCCACGGCAUGCACUCAGCCCGUCACCCCAGCCAUGGCAUGCACUCAGCUCGUCACCCCAGCCAUGGCAUGCACUCAGCCCGUCACCCCAGCCACGGCAUGCACUCAGCCCGUCACCCCAGCCAUGGCAUGCACUCAGCUCGUCACCCCAGCCACGGCAUGCACUCAGCUCGUCACCCCAGCCAUGGCAUGCACUCAGCCCGUCACCCCAGCCACGGCAUGCACUCAGCCCGUCACCACAGCCAUGGCAUGCACUCAGCUCCCCGUCACCCCAGCCACGGCAUGCACUCAGCCCGUCACCCCAGCCAUGGCAUGCACUCAGCUCGUCACCCCAGCCACGGCUUGCACUCAGCCCGUCACCCCAGCCACGGCAUGCACUCAUCCCGUCACCACAGCCACGGCAUGCACUCAGCUCGUCACCCCAGCCAUGGCAUGCACUCAGCCCGUCACCACAGCCACGGCAUGCACUCAGCUCGUCACCCCAGCCAUGGCAUGCACUCAGCUCGUCACCCCAGCCAUGGCAUGCACUCAGCUCGUCACCCCAGCCAUGGCAUGCACUCAGCUCGUCACCCCAGCCAUGGCAUGCACUCAGCUCGUCACCCCAGCCAUGGCAUGCACUCAGCUCGUCACCACAGCCAUGCCAUUCUUAUUGUGUUAA